CACUGUCAUGGCGGAGGACAUAACCUUGCCUUCUUUCUUAUGUUGCGAAGUUUGCCAGAUCCAGACAAAUUCAGAAGAGCAGUUGCGUGAACACCUAUUGGGACAGAAGCAUUGGCAGAAUGCAAGACAGAGGGAUUUAUCAAGAAGAAGCAUUUAUGUGAGAGGAUUUGAGCCUAAGACCACGACAGUCAGUGAUCUCACGGAGCUAUUCCAGCAGUUUGGGUCUAUUCAAAAAGUUGUAUUGCAUGAAAAGGGGCACUAUGCUCUCAUUGAGUUUUCAUCUGUCGAGAGUUGCUUGCAAGCUCUCCAUCAUCCCACAAGACUAAUGAUGAAUGGAAAGAAAUUGGUAGUGAAGCCGCGAGAGAUGAAAGUUAAAAGACCUUCAACAAAGUCAGAAUCUGACAGUAAAGAAGAGGAAAUGGGAUCACUGGAUGCUUCAGGACAAGAAUCAGUAGAGGGCGACGAGUAUUCGAAAGUGGAGUUAAAAAUAGAAAGAGAGUUAAUGGAAAGAAUAACAUCUUUAGAAACACUUGAUGAACAGAUAAUAUUAUUAGCAUCUACACAGCAGUCUCCUCCAAGUCUAGCUCUGGCCUAUAUAAAAGUUUUACAAUACCUCCAGUCUGCUUUCAGUGAGGUUUUUCCUUCUUGUCGUCUUGUUCCUUUUGGCUCAUUUGUCACUGGGGCAAGCCACUCUGACCUCUGAUCUAGAUAUUGUU